AAACGAAACUUCUCUCGAUCGAAAUUACUUUGCUAAUUGUUAUGAUGGUUUCAGGGGAAAAAAAUGAUCACCAGGCAUCAACGAAACGUUGUCCUCGUAAUAUUAUAUCUCUUCGUGCAGGCGCCUGACGCGACCCACGGGCACGGAAGAUUAAUGGAUCCUCCGUCGAGGAACGCGAUGUGGAGGUUCGGCUAUCCAAAUCCCGUCAAUUACAACGACAACGAGCUCUUCUGCGGUGGAUACGCAGUGCAUUGGCAGCAGAAUAAAGGCAAGUGCGGCGUUUGCGGAGACGCGUAUCACCUGAGCCAGCCGCGUUCGCACGAGGCCGGAGGCGAGUUCGCAAACGGGAUCAUCGUUCGACACUAUACCGUGGGACAAGAAAUCGAGGUGGAGAUCGAGCUGACGGCCAACCACUACGGGAGGUUCGAGUUGUACCUCUGCCCGAACAACGAUCCGUCGCAGGUGGCGACGCAGGAGUGUUUCGACGCCUAUCCCCUGUACGUAUCCGGGACACAGGACGUUCGUUUCGAGAUUCCGCACGAAACGGGCAAGAAGGGCAUCAUUAAAUACAUGGUAACGUUACCGCCGUAUUUAACGUGCUCGCAAUGCGUCAUUCAGUGGAAUUAUUACACAGGCAACAUGUGGGGCACGUGCGAGAACGGCACGGAAGCGGUCGGAUGCGGCAGACCGGAGACUUUCCGCAACUGCGCCGACGUGAGCAUCGUCACCAGCACCGGCGGGGUGCCGCCGCGGUUUCUGUAUCAGAAUAUCAUCUACGAGCUGUACUCCGUGGCACCGAAAUACUCGACCGCGCCGCUCGCCCGACCACUCAGGGUUCAAGUGUGCGAGCCGACCGCGGCUUAUCGAUACAGGCAGAAUAUGACCAAUUGGUGUCAAGUGAAUUGCAUUCGCGUCCCGUCCAACUGUCCGCCUGGCGUCUGCCGUUGCCUGAACACUUGCGACGCUAUUGGAGAUAUUGCCGAUAGACCUGGCGCGGACCAAUACUGCCUGAGACGUUGCAUGCGUUAUCCGUCCAAUUGCCCGGCUGAUCGCUGCAACUGUUAUUGAAACUGUCACCGGUAUUGACAUUCUACACACAGCGGGAUGGAUGUGGGAUGUGAAUAUGCGUACCGUCCAAUUAAUAAAAGUCUGACCGUAAACGCGCGUAAUUUCGCAGCGUGCAUGUAAAGCCAAUGGCACACGGUACUAUUUAUCCUAUUGGAUUGCGUACGAGAAACAAUAAGGAUGCAGAGUUUCAGAUCAGGUGACUUAAGGCUAAAUCCUGAUUGGCUCUCGUAAGCAAUCCAGCAGGAAAAAUGGUAUCGUGUGCAGUUGGCUUAGCACUGUGGAAAAG